CUGGCUCCCAUGCAGGGCAACAGCACAGUAAUGAAUAGAGUCCUCCCCCUGUAUAUAAACAGUGAUUGGCAGCAGAGAACAGUAGACAAAGGACAUCUCUGCAACUGUUCCCAGGCACCACCAUGGCAGGCACCCUGAGGAGACUGGCCAACAGUGAGAAGUGCAGGGUCCUGCAGGAUAAACUGGAUGACUGGUACAAAGACUAUCAUAUCAAUUCCUGCGACAGUAACUUGAAUGUGUGCUGCGAGCUUCUCGAGUUGAAUUCCAAAAUUCAGGGACAACUUUUUCAAAUUCUCAGCGUUACAGCCCGGGAAGGCGGUCAGUAUGCAGGUGUGGAAACUCUCAAGUGCCGUUUCUUGCCUUGGUUGGGAACCUGCUUUUCUACAUCUUCUUCAGGAUCAUUUUCUGAGAACAGUUUUGGUAUUUUAAAUGAAUCAAUGGACAGAAAAUUAUCUCCAAGCCAUGAAAGAGAAUUGAAUGGCGUAGAAUCCAAGCUGUCUUCUACAAGAAUUGAACUAAACUCUGUCAGACAAGAAUUAUUAGAAACACAAAUGGAUCUAGAAGACACAAAAAACAAAUCUGCAAACACUUUAUUGGCAACUGAGGACGAGAUUCUACAGCUCAGAGCAGAGCUGAGAGCUGCUAAAGAGAAGCUGGAGUUAAGAUCUCUUGAUUCCAUGGAGGACUAUGAACGACAAAUACGCCUCUUGAAGGAUGAGAUCUCCAUUUUGUCAGCUGAGACUGGAAUCCUAAAAAGCAGAGUUGCAAGAAGCCGAUCUCCAAGCCCUAUUCGACAUUCCAGCAGAGCAUCUAGUCCAUUUAUCAGGAGUGAGUCCCCUACCUCUGCCAAACUCACUAACGCCUCUCGCCAAGCCCACCUGAUAUCUAGAUUUAAUGAUAUAUUUGCCAGCGAUCGCCUGGAUGCACAGACUAUGCUUAGACGUUACAUUGAGGAUCUGGAGAUGGUUCAGAGGAUCAUAUUUAUUGCCACAGUGGAAUCUUUUCAUGCUGCCAAGAUGGCCUUUAGGCAGUUUAGACUCCGAGUACGCAAAUCCCUAUCUCCUUCUCACAUGGGACCUGAAUCACUGGAAGAUGCCAUCAUUGACUACAUUGUCCGCAACUUAGAUCUGUAUGAUGUCCAGUCUAGUGUCAAUGAGGUUAUCAGUGCCAUGAACGUCAAUCCUAAAAUCUCCUUUCCUCCUGAUGUGGACUUUAUUCUGAUCAGUGGAUUCAUCCGAGAGAUGUGCCGAGUUGCUUUUUCCAUGCAGACCCUGGAUCCACCGCUGGACAUAGCAUUUACAGUUGAUGGAGAACUCUUUACUGAGAGCAAGUACCGCCGUACAUAUGAUUCUGAGCACACAGCCCCACUGGUCUAUUAUCAUGUAUGGCCUGCCUUAAUGGAAAAUGAUGAUGUCAUUGUUAAAGGAGAGGCAGUAACAAAAAGAGGAGCUCUGUGGAGCUCAGUAAGAAGCAGAAGCAGAAGCGCUAGCCCUCUCCGAUCUCGCUCAGCAAGCCCAGGCCGCAACUUGACAUCUAGAAGCCGCAGUCCUUCCCCCAGAAGAAGUGGCACCCCAAGAUUCUAACAAUCUGCUACCAUGUGUCAAAUCAUUUCAUCAGGGACCCUUCUGCAACAGUGGUGCUUUUUUAUUUCCCAGUACCUCAGACCUACAGUACAAUAAUGUGAAUGGAUAUUCGAAGACUAGUGUGCGUAUGCAGUGCGUCAAAGGAGGAAAAUAGGAAAUAAACUUCCUACUGUGUUUGAAAUAGUGUUUGUAAUACAAUAGUCAAAUGCUGCAGAUAACUAAAGCUAUCAGUAUUUCCAGAGUACGCGAAUGCUCAUACUUUUACUUACGGCUAUGUCAAUUAAAUGAUCAAAUGAAUUCUGAAAAAUAUGAUAAAUUUGGAUAACUCUAAUAUUCUAUAUUUCACAUAUGAAGUUUUGUUACUUAAAGCGGGUGUUCACCUUUAAAUAAAGUUUUAGUACGAUGUAGAGAAUGAAA